AUGGCGUCCAAGGCGGCACUUAUAGUGGUCGAUUUCCAGAACGAUUUCACUCCCCCCCACGGCGCCCUCGCCGUGCCUCAUGGUACGGACGUUACCGACCCCAUCAACACCCUCCUCACGUACCCCUUCGCACUCAAAGUAGCCACGCGGGACUUUCAUCCCAAGACGCACAUCUCCUUUGCAGCGAACCACAAGGACUGCCAGCCGUUCUCCUCCUCAAUCAAGGUCAAGAACCCCAACAAUGAGACGCAGGCUUACGAGGCGACGCUGUGGCCCGUCCACUGCGUACAGGGGACCUGGGGCGUCGAGCUCGUCGAUGGUCUGAACAAGGACAGCUUGGAUACAGUGGUGGACAAAGGCAAAGACGAGAGGAUAGAAAUGUACUCGGCGUUUCACGACCCCUUCCGCAUCGAAGUCUCGGCCCUCGAGUCCCUCCUCAAGGACAAGGGCGUGACGGCCGUCUACGUAGUAGGCCUCGCCGCAGACUUCUGUGUCAAGGCCACGGCGGAACACGCGUUGGAGGCUGGCUUUGAGACGUAUGUGGUCGAGGAGGGCACCAAACCCGUCAUGCCCGAGAAGUGGGCCGACGUGAGGCAGAGCAUGAUCGACAAGGGCGUCAGGAUGGUGAGUAUGCACGAUGAGGAGGUCCGGCGCGUGAUGCAAUGA